AUGUCUCCCAUGAUCUUGGAACAUGGUGUUUCUGCCAUCAAUGGCUUCAUGCAAGACUCAACCAAGAGGGACGUUGAUGCCUAUGAUGUAGUUGUCGUCGGCGGGGGAAUCGCAGGAAUUGGAGCGGCAAUUGGUGCCAGACAAGCAUCCCCAGGUUCAUCGGUCUUAAUCAUUGAGUGUGAAGGAUGCUUAGGGGGAGCCGCAACCCAUCGUGGCGUCUUGUCAUUUGCCGGAUUGUACAGUGUUGAAAGUGAGCCACGGCGAGCCGUUGGUUCGAUAUGGUCAGAGCUACAUGAAAGAUUAGUUGAGGAACAUGCUGCAGCUGUAACUCCUGACCGAAUCGUGGCAUACGUCCAGAACUUCGACCCCGAAGGAUUAAAGCGAGUCUUGGACGACUUGACAAGAUCCUAUGGUAUCGACGUCCUUCUGCAUUGCACCGUGGUCGGCGGUGAGCGCUGCGAUCACCAAUUGGCCGCAGUUGAGAUUCAGGAACGAAGAGGCCGACGGAAGAUCACCGCAAAGGCAUUCGUUGACUGCUCUGGCGACGGUGAUCUGGCUUAUCAUGGCGGUGCAUCUACGCGAUACGGCAAUCAUGGCCAUGUGAAUAUGGGCUCCUUGGCUACGAGGUUUGGCGGAUUAGCUGACGCAAACCCCACAUCCGCUGCGUGGCGCGAUGCAAUCAUUGCUGCGAAAGAACAAGACCCAAGCUUGAAGAAGAGCAUUCCUCGGAAUGUUGGUGUGCUCAUCAAAUUACCCGGAUCUGGCGAUAUCAGUACAUACAUGGCCUCGGCGCAGUAUGAUGCAAGGAACAGUGCUAGCAUAGCUGCAGCUGAACGAGAGGGUAGGAGACAGGCAAGAGUGUACCUCGACAUACUGCGGAAGCUGCCUGGUCACGAAAAGAUGUAUCUUGUCUCAUCAGGACCGAAUUUUGGUACUCGGGAAUCACGGCACAUCAACUCCCGCUAUCAAUUGACCGAAAGCGAUAUCCUGGAAAGUCGAGACUUUGUAGAUACGGUGGCAAUAGGUGCAUGGUACAUGGAAUGGCAUGAUGGUACGAAAGAAGACUGGCCCAUAAUCUUUAAAGCUCCACCAAACGGCACAUUCGACAUCCCCCUUCGAUCCUUGUGGAGUGAAGAUACUUCUAACCUCUUCUGUGCUGGCCGUUGCAUCGACGGGGAUCAAUCCGCCAGCAGUGCUUUCAGGGUCCUAGGAACAGCCUUGGCCACAGGUCAAGCUGCCGGAACCGCUGCUAGUUUGAAAGCCCUCAGAGGCGUCGAUCCAAGCCAUCAAGAUGUGCAGAGUGUCCUAAUGAAGCAUGGAGCCCUCCUCGAUAGGAAUGUCUUGGUGAAGGCUUCAUAUGUGGAGGAGCCGGAGGGUCGAAACCUCUCACAUCAUGAGGCGCUCCAUACUUAG